AUUACAGCUUGAAGUAAACCACUUAAUGUGGUUUGAGUAUUCUUAUUUUCUUGCAAAUGGUCUCCUUUUCUGGACUGAGAUGGGAAAAAGCCUUUUGGUUGACUAUCUCUCCGAUUUACCCAUGUUCUAGGGAAGUGUAGCCUGUGAGGAGUCCCUCCUCUUGUCUCUCCCAUCUUCUGCUACUGAAAGCUGAUGCCAUUUUCAAACGAGAGGAGGAGCAAAAUAGAGAACUGUAGGGGAUGUUCCUGCAAGUAACGGGAUGGAAAUGUUAAUUUUCUCUGUAUUGGACCUUCUAAAUUUCAAUCUGGAGGAGAGGGAUGAGAAGCCCAGAGCAAAUACGUUAGUGUGUAUUCUGGGGGUAGAGUACAGAGCCAGGAAAAGAGCAGACUGAGAAAUCUUGGGGCAGCCAAAGUCACCAUAUCGAAUGCAGGUGAGAGAAAGAGUGACAUGGCCCCCAACAGGUCAGAAAAAGACUGCCUGAAGCCUAAUGUUAUGUGCAAAUCUCAUGUGAGGACUGGCUGAUGACUUCCUUGAAAUCUUUGGGACUGGCACUUCUAAGAAAUACCCAUAUGUGUGAACUGCAAUUCUCAGUGAUUUUAACAAGGAAUCAUGACCUGGAUGCUUGAUCUAUAGGAUUAGGUCUCUGCAGCUGAGCGAUGGGAUAACUGGUAGCAAAUGGAAUCUGAGGGAGAUUGUGAAGAUUGUCACAUUUUGCAAAUCUGGUGUGAUUGGCGCAGAGAAAGUUCAAUGUCUGCCUGUUUGCUGCUUACAGGUUGCACCUGAUCAUCAUGCCUGACUUGAGUCUUUCUUUUUUUUUUAGUUAUAGGCUUCAGCCAUAUCGGCACAGUGCACAGGUCCAUGCGAUACCACAGGCAAGUGGCUGCAGAACCACAUUCUUCUAGUGUUGCACCCAAGCCAAUGCUACCAAGAUGCAUAGAAAUAAUUUCUAGCUUGGAUAUUGUUGGAGGUAAAACCAACUGGGCCAAGUUCAUCCCCAGCUGGAGGCCACAGAAGACCGUGGAGUUACAUCAGAGACGACGGCGAUCUGCGAGACUUUGUUUUUGUAAACAUCCCCUCCUCACCAGGGUGACUAACUCCCAGAGAGCUGUUGUGCAAGCAGGGAUUUCUUCUGUCACCAUGCCACUCUCUUCAGCCCUGUGCAUGAGCGCCAUACUGUUUGAAGGUAUGCUGCUGUCUCGUCUGUGAGGGGAGCAGACCUUCCCAGAAUAAGAUGGAUCCCAAGAGAGAGACACCCAAGAAAAGCAGCACAGAACAUUUAAUUGCUGACAGGCGGGAAGGAAUUGGUAUCUGUGGCUGGAUCCUGGUUUCCCUUUCUUUCCUGUUGGUGCUUAUUACCUUUCCUGUUUCCAUCUGGACCUGUGUCAAGGUCAUCAAAGAAUAUGAGCGUGCUGUUGUAUUUCGGCUGGGACGCAUACUGUCUAAGAAAGCAAAGGGACCAGGUUUGAUCCUGAUACUUCCUUGUACAGAUAUUUUUAUCAAGGUUGAUCUCAGAACUGUUACCUGUAAAAUUCCUCCACAAGAGAUUCUCACAAAAGAUGCCGUUACUACCCAAGUUGAUGGCGUGGUGUACUACAGGAUCCACAGUGCUGUCAGUGCCAUUGCUAACGUCACUGAUGUCCACUCAGCUACUUUCCUCUUGGCACAGACAACCUUGAGAAAUGUUCUGGGUACGAAGAGCUUGUCUCAGCUCUUGGCAGGUCGUGAAGAGAUUGCACACAAUAUCCAGACUAUCCUUGACAGUGCCACAGAUCAGUGGGGGAUCAAAGUGGCUCGUGUGGAAAUCAAAGAUGUCAGGAUACCUGUGGCAAUGCAGAGGGCAAUGGCAGCUGAAGCAGAGGCUGCACGAGAGGCAAGAGCUAAGGUUGUGGCAGCAGAAGGAGAAAUGAAUGCUUCUAAAGCCCUCAAGCAGGCUUCCAUGGUGCUGACCGAGUCUCCAGCAGGUCUUCAGCUGCGCUACCUGCAAACAUUAACUACACUGGCAGCAGAAAAUAAUUCCACCAUUGUCUUCCCUCUCCCUAUAAAUAUGCUUGAGGCCUUGGGGCAGAAAAAUAGAGGGGGAUAGGCACUGUUCUACUCUAGUUCCUUGUGCAGCAAGAUUUAAAAGGUUUCCCAAGAAGCAAGAGGUUCCAGGAUACCAGAAUUAAAAUCAGAUAUAGUAUGCUUUAAUCCUCUAUAUCAAAAAAGAGUAAAAAUAGUUCAAUUAUAGCUACAUGUAUCUCUCAUGUCAGGAGAAUGCAUUUGAGCACAGAAAGUUGCAGAAUUGAGGCAUCAAGGAGUUUCAGCUCAGACUUAUCUUCAGGUGAAAUGGCAGACAAUAUGUCAAAGGCAUAUUGGACCUAACAUGAAAUUUGAAUUAUAUUUUCACCCUAUUUUACAAAUUUGUGAGUGCAAUAGUAAUUCGGUGAUUUGUCUCCUGACAAGAACCUAUGAGCUCUUGAUUAGCUCAUAAGCCUAAUCCACACAGGAGAAGGGUCAGAUGCUGCCAUUUAACUCAAGCUCUGUGGAGUGGAAAGAAGGAUUUGUCCCCUAACCUUAGAGAUAUUCUUCCAGAACUACUAAUAAAUAGAAUUACUGGAUAAUUUUUAUGUGACUGAAACAGCUCAUUCUUUAUCUUAUUUAAGUAAUAUAUAACAGUUGCUUUACUGGCUUCAAUGGAGUUUUGCUUGUGUAAAAAUAUUAUAAGAAUCAAGAUGUUGAUUUAUAUGCUCUUUGCCAUAUCACUGAAAUUUCUAUCAAUCAGCUCUGUAAUCAAAGGAAGAGAAUAUAUGUCUGUGUAUUACAGUCACAUUUCUUAAACUUUUGAAAGCUGAGCCAACCUUGAGGGAAUUGAAUUGCCCUAUGUUAAUUUAAGUAUCUUUCUUUUGCCUCCACAGGAGGGUUCUUAUCCUCCAUUGCAGAUGUCAUAAAAUGGUUGUACAGGUUUUCAUAGUAUGAGCCUUCCCCACUCUUCAACUGUGCUAUGCCUGGCAGCUGUGGAGGGGAUGCUGAUGAUAUUCACAGCCUUCAA